AUGUCCUCCAAGACCACCGCCACCACCCGGUCUGCGGCCGCUGCCGGUAACAAGGGCUCCUCCUCCUCACGGAUCGUGAUCCCUCCCUCCCCGCCGCUGGUUUUCAACUCCAGCCCCAAGGCCCUGUACCACCGCUAUCGCCUGCUGUUCUCCCUCAACAUGCUUGAGGCCUGGGAGGAGGCUCUUUUCACCUCCAUUCUUGUCCUGGUGAUUUCCCUGUCGCUGUACCGCAUCUUUACCCUCUUCUAA